CCCAAUUUAUUGGAUUCUUGUUGUAUCUUGAUGACAUUAGAAAAAACAUGUCGCAAACGGUGGUUGGAAAGAUUGCGUCGGUUUCGUUGAAAAACUUUGUAACGUACGAUUCGGCGGUGUUUUACCCGGACGAGUACUUGAACAUCAUUCUUGGACCCAAUGGCACGGGAAAGUCGGCUAUCGUGGCUGGCAUCGUCCUCGGUAUGGGUGGCCACUGCAAGCUGCUAUCCCGUUGCGAAAAUAUCGAUAGCUACAUUAAAAACGGCAAGGAUAGUGCUACUAUUCGCAUAUCGAUUUACGCGAAUCAAAAGCGGCAAGUUCGAUGGUUUAGCCGAUCGUUCGAUCACAACAAGAGCGACACAUUCGAGAUAGAUAACGUAAAAGUGACGGCACGGGCAUAUCUCGAGCAGAUCCGCAAGUUCAACAUUCAGGUAGACAAUCUGUGCCAGUUUUUGCCGCAGGAUCGAGUGCAGGACUUUACGAAGAUGAAUCCGUGCGAUUUGCUGGUCAACACGCAGGCAUCUGUCUGCUCGGCCGAGAUGCAGCAGUGGUUCGAGGAGCUGAAAACGAAAAGGGACACUCAGCUGAAAAGUACUUCCCAGCGGGAAAACGAAGCUGGCCGCAUCGUCGAGCUGGAAGCAAGGCUGGCCGAUCUUCAGCAACAGCUAGAGUCCAUCCGCGUCCGGGGAGAAUUUGAGAAGCAGAUCGACGUGUGUUUGGCCCGGAAAGCGUGGUUGGAAUAUGAGGAACUUUUCCUUUCGUACACUUCCACGAUGAAAGAUCAUAAUUUAGCCAAAAAAUCGUUCGAGGAAAAGGAACGUGCAUACAUGAGAUGUAAAUCCGACAUGGCAGCGAUUUUGAAGCGAAAAGAAGAACUCGAAAAGGCACUUGCCCAGCAACUAUCCAUCGCGCAACGCAGUACGGAGGAGAUCAACACGCUCGAGGAGAAAUCGGAACGGCUGGAAGAUUCGAUAGGCAAGCAAAAGCGCGAUCUGCAGGAUGCUCUGGCCAAAGCCGACGAACGGCAGACGGAACUGGACGAGGCAAAGGUGAUGCUCGGCGCUUUCGUACAAGAUUGUGCCGAUGCGGCCGCCACACUUGGUUCGGAGGAGGAAGUUCGGCAGAAGAUCGCCACACUCGAGUCACAGGAUGUGAAAAUUCGUAACGAGAACGAGCUACUGAUGAGUAGACGGCAAGAGUUGAAUCAGAAAAUCGACUCCGACAUUAAACCGGAGAUGAUGAGCAUCCAGCGGAGUAUCGAGACGAUCGAAAAUGUGGCCAGUAUGCGGUUGAAAAUUCUUCAAACGCGCUUCCCGGGUACGUACCAGGCGGUUAUGUGGUUGCGGGAUCAUACGCACCUCUUCCGGGGCAAGAUUUACGAACCGAUGAUACUGGAGCUGAACGUGCCCGUAGCAGAAAAUGUGCCGUUCUUGGAGAAUACAAUUGGUGUGAGAGAUUUAAUUGCGUUCACUUGUGAGUGCACGGAGGAUAUGAAUCUAUUUCUGAAAAAGAUUCGCGAGGAGAUGCGCAUCGAAGGAGUGAACGUGAUGCAGAGCGAUCCCGCAGACGGACUACACUACAAGCCGCGGCAUCCGAUAAGCAGUAUGAGACGCUUCGGAUUCCACACCUACCUCAUCGACACGUUGGAGGGUCCUUUCCCGCUACUCAACGGAUUGUGCAAGUUGUACGGUCUGCACAACAUUCCCAUCGGGGGGCCCGAAUCGGCCAAGUACAUAACAUCGUUGCCGGAUGACAUUGGCAUUUUCUUCACUCCGACCAACCGCUUUCAGUUGUCCAAAUCACGCUACUCGGGUGAAAAGUCAAGCCGCAGUGAUCUGUUGCGGCCGCGAAACCUGCUCAACCGUUCGACCGAUCACACGCUGCUCGCCGAAAAGCGUCAACAGCUGCAGCGCUUGGUGCGUGAGUGUGACAAAAUUCGUAACCAUCGCGGGCAGAUCGAAAAUCAAAUUAAAGAGCUGCAGGAAAAGCGCGCCGAGCGGAUGGCUGACAUCCGUGCGCUGCAGGAAGAGCUUUCCAAGUAUCAGCAGACGAAGCUGAAGGUGCGACGGCAGCAGCAAAAGUGUACCGAGCUAGCCCAGCGCCUCGUCAAUGUGGACACUGAGAAGGCAAAGUUUGAGCGCUCCUGUCGGACGAUCAUCGAGCAGUUGUUGGAAAUGCAGCGGCGCAAGAUCGACGCACUGGGACGGUAUGCUACGGCAAGCAUCCAGAACGAAGUAUUACAGGAACGCCUGCGCAUCUUUCAGGAGGAAAAUAAUGAGAUGGAAAGUAACUAUCGGCUGGUGGAGGACGCAUUUCAGUCCGCCAAGCGCACGCUGGCGAACGUGAAAAAGGUGUUCGAUCGGGUGAAGGAGAAAACAAACGCUAAAAACAUUGAAGCAAGGGCCUUGACGAAGAACAAAGCACCGGAUAAGCCGGAUUUCCCUUUCAGGGAGGAAUUUGCAACCCUUCCGGAUACACUGGAAGCGCUGGAGAGUCAUCUGGAGGAGUUGCGCGUCCGGUUCGAGUGUCUCCCAGAGGGAAAUAAAGCAGCCGCUGAAGAGCACGCCCAGAAGCAGCGUCAGGUUGAGCAGCUGAAGGCUACUAUGACGCACUCUGCACAAACGGUCGCUUCGUUAGAGUGCGAAAUGUCCAUACUGCACGAACAGUGGUAUCCGGAAAUGUUGCGCAUCGUUCAGAACAUCAAUACGAAGUUUUCGCACUUUAUGAGCACGAUGGGAUUCGCCGGGGAGGUUGAACUGAUUCGCAACGAAGAGCGUGAUUACAACGAAUAUGGCAUUCGGAUAUUCGUAAAGUAUCGGAAUUCGGAGAAACUGUGCGCGCUCGAUCGUAAGCUGCAAUCCGGGGGCGAACGGGCCGUAGCAAUCGCAAUCUACACACUGUCGCUGCAGCACAUGACGCAGGUACCGUUUCGCUGCGUGGACGAAAUCAACCAGGGCAUGGAUCCGACGAACGAGCGCAAGGUUUUUAACAUGCUCGUCGACGAAACGUGUCGCGAAGGGCAGUCACAGUACUUUUUCGUGACGCCAAAGCUGCUGCCCCGGUUGCGCUGCAACGACAAAAUGAACGUCGUGGUCGUCCACAAUGGAAAAUUUAUCGAAAAUCCCGACGUUUUCCUGCCCUCCAAUCGUGCCUGAUAGUAGUAUAUAAGAAAUGUGCAGCGGAAGGAAUACAUCCCUAUCGAAAGGAAAUGUUUUCUCGGAGGCGUCUGUCUAAUUUUAAGGUAAGACUGCGAUCACAUGACAAUUCAAAAAGAAGUAGAGAUUGAAACAGCAAUAUUCCAAAUUUAUAAUAUCUAUCGACUGGCAUAACCAAUUGACAAAUGAAUUGCUGAUAAAAGUAAUAUUUCAAUAAGUUUGUCCUUCUAUUCUAUGUUUCCACAUUCAACUGAUUUUGUGUGUUAAGGAAAAGCAACAAGUCUGGACUCGAAUAAAUCUUGAUUUUUUCAUUUAAUAA